AUGGAAGAGUAUCAAGAGGUGGAAGCUGAGUUGGAGAAGCUGCUCGAGGCGGCUAGCGACGUUGCCUGCGAGCAAUCCCGGGCGAUGAUUGCAUCGAAGAACGCAGAAAUCCGCAGAGCCAAAAACGUCCUACUGACGGAAGCUGUGUCUGCGCUAGAAAAAAGGGUUAAGAAGGGGAGAAACAUCAACAAGCAGAUCAUCGCUGACCGCCAGGAAAAGAUUAAGGACCUCAUCGAGCGGAUAUAUGCUGUUCCCGAUGGUAUGAGCAUGGCUACAAACAGGCGCCCAGCACGGGCUUACGUCAAGGGCAAGAAAGGUGCGGCCGUGUACAUCAACGGCGGCAUGGACUCCAACCCAGCUGCCCAGGAUGGCUACUAUGCGCACACGGAGGCGACGCAAAAGUUUGAAAAGGAGUGGGAGGAGGCCAAGAAAGUGCAAGACGAGAAGCUCAACCAAAUUGACCAUGCGGUCGAAGAGCUGGGUGACAUGGCGCGAAACUACGGUAAGCGCGGGGCGCUGGUGGGGAAGCUUGGGCUGCGGCUACUUGCGUGUCGUGAUGUAGCGUGCUGGACGGCUGAUCAUAUGGGUUGUCGGCCUCUGGUCUUUUCCCGGUUACUUCAUACUUUUGAGGCCCACCCUGCAGCGCACCAGCGACUGCAGGGCAGGCGCAUGGCCUUCAUGUUUUCCGACGCGCACUGUCAGGAUUACAUUGUAAGGCAGCUAUCUACUUGGGCACGACCAGGGACCGAGCUCGAUCGGCAAGCGCCCAUUAUCGAUGACAUCGAGCAACAGAUGGACAAGGUAACCAAGAGCCUUAAGACCAACAAUGCCAAGCUCAAGGGCAUCGUGUCCAAGAUGCGUUCCUCGCGCAACUUUUGUGUCGACAUCAUUCUUAUUACGGUUUUGCUUGCGAUCGGUGCCUACAUCUAUGCCAUGUUCAUGUAA